AGAGUGAGGGACAGAGGGAAGUUUCCAGCAGGCGCGGGUCUCGGCGCACGGCCACUCAGAGCGAACCACGCCCCGGGGCAGGGGGACGGAAAGCUCCCCCCAAAAAACUGCCCGAACUCCCGCGAUCAUGGACCGUGACGAGGACUUCUAGCGGGCUGCAGGUUGACAAGAUGAAGUUCGGGAAGAGCAUCUGUGUGCUGAACGUAGGGGGAACCCGGUACGCCUUCACCCGUGAGGUGAUCAGGGAUUUCCCUCUCCGACGCGUCAGCCGCCUGCAUGCCUGCGCUACCGAGAAAGAGGUCCUGGAACUGUGCGACGACUACGAUCGGGACCUUAAUGAGUUUUUCUUCGAUCGCCACGCUCAGGCUUUCAUGUUCAUUAUGCUCUACGUGCGCUCCGGUAAACUCCGAUUUGUUCCAGGAGUGUGUGAGCUGUCUUUCUACACUGAGAUGCUCUACUGGGGGCUGGAGAGCGCGCACUUGGACUCCUGCUGCCAGAAGCGCCUGGACGACAGGAUGUCCGACAUCGGACUGGACAGUCUGUCAGAAGGGGAGAUGGGACUGUCGGGGGAAGAGUCCCAGAGCCCGGGGGAACAGGUGCCCCGGACUGCGCUCACGGGGAGAGCGAAAUGGCUCGAGAGGAUGCGCCAGACGUUUGAGGAGCCCAACUCUUCAAUUGUUGCGCAGCUUUUGGCUUCAGUGUCCGUGAUCUUUGUGUUGGUCUCCAUGAUAAUGCUGUGCGCGAGCACCCUGCCGGAUUGGGAUACAGCUAAAAGAAAUACCGUGGAGGAGCACAGGAUCGUGGAGGCAGUGUGUAUUGGCUGGUUUACAGCAGAGUGCAUAGUGCGCUUUUUAGUGGCCAGAGACAAGUGGGACUUCCUCCGCCGGCCGCUGAACAUCAUCGACAUGAUUGCAAUCACCCCCUACUAUGUCACCAUGGCGAUGGCCCGGGCCGGGAUGCCGGGCGCCGGGCUCGGGGUUGCAGGAGUGAUACUGCGGGUGCUGAGGAUGAUGCGAGUGUUCUGGCUCAUGAAGCUGGCCCGACACUUUCUGGGCCUGCAGACGCUGGGGAUGACGCUCAGGCGCUGCUACCGUGAGAUGGUCAUGCUGAUGGUGUUUGUCUUCGUCGCCAUGGCGAUAUACAGCGCUCUGGCCCAGCUGCUGGAGCACGGUUUGGACCUGGGCACGCAGAACCACGACUACGCCAGCAUCCCGGCCGCCGCCUGGUGGGUCAUCAUCUCCAUGACCACGGUGGGCUACGGGGACGUCUACCCGGUGACGAUUGGGGGACGGGUGCUCGGGGGAAUGUGCGUCGUGAGCGGCAUCGUCCUGCUGGCGCUGCCCAUCACCUUCAUCUACCACAGCUUCGUCCAGUGCUACCAUGAACUGAAGAUCCGCUCAGCCAGAUACGCACGCAACCUGUCGACGGAGGUGCUGCGGUGAACCUGCGCUGGCAGAACAAAAAUAUAAGCUCAACAAACCAACUGACCUGCUGAUGCCAUUGUGGAGCGAUGAUCGUCUCUGCAAACGACCCCGUUUCCUGUCUGAUUUUAUUUGGGCUGACUGGUGUGUCGAUGAUUUCCCAAUCGCUGUCUUCAACCAGCAUGCUCUGCAACAGUCUCCCUAACAACACCGAGCGAACAUCACAACAGGAAAACACAGAUAAUUAUUUAUUAAGCACACACGCAGGUGCAGUCGAUCCAGUUUUUUCUGUUUACACUGUGUUCCCAUGGCGACAGCACAUCCAGAAAUGG